AUGUACAUGCAAUCACGAAACAUGAAACAAGAAAGUGACAAUCUUAUUGGAGAUCCUGGUGAAAAGAGUACAAAUGCUUUAAUUUUAUUUUCAAAAUAUAGUCCUAGCAGUAACUCAGCAUUCUGUUUUUACUGCCGUGUUUUUCCAUCUAACACAUCAGAUCCAACUUUUGUUAGUGUUAGAUUUAAGCAAUGGUCAAAAGCUAGUUAUAAAUCUUUUCCUCAGCAUGAAAAAUCAUUUAGACAUAAAGAAGCUAGUGCCAAAUUAGCUGAUUAUAAAAGUGCUAAGAAAUCUGGGAACAGUUUACUUUUUUGUGCUCGUGAAAGAAUAGCUGUCAGAGGCCAUAGAGAAGACGAAGAUUCUUCAAACAAAGGAAAUUUUGUAGAACUAUUAACACUUCGUGCUAACGAUAAUGAUAUUAUCCAACGAUAUUUUAUUGAAAAACUGCAGGCAUCUGAUUUGGCUGAAAUGCUAGAAAGGGCUUCUGGUUAUCACUCAGCUGAGGUGCUGAACUUCGUAGUUCAAAUGCUCCUGCUCAGAGGACAUCAAAUGAGCUUCGCAAGCGAACUCUUUGCUUCUGCAGGCAUAAUAGUUGACGAAACUCAAGAUUUGUUUCGACAUGGACAAGUUGCAAUUAUUAUAAAAUAUGCAACAAAAGAUUUGUCUCCAGCAGAAGUUUUUCUCGGUUUUUAUAAAACAGAAACUACAGAUGGAGAAACGCUUUCAAUGUUAAUAAAAUCAACUCUUGUAUCUCAUGGUUUAAAAAUAGAAAACAUUAGAGGACAGUGUUACGACGGUGCAGCGUCAAUGAGAGGGUCGUAUAAAGGAGUACAAGCAAGAAUUAGAGAAGAAAAUCAUUUAGCAAUGUACAUUCACUGCAAUGCACAUAUUUUAAAUGUAUGCCUUAUAGAUUUGGCUAAACAAGUAUCUUAUGUAAGAAACGUUUUUGGAACAUUAAAUACAUUACAUCAUUUUAUUGGUGCAUCAUCCAAGAGGCAUGCAAUUUUUGAAAAAAUGUAUUCAGUUUUAAAUGUAAGUACAUGCGAUGGACCUAAAACUUUAAAAAGCCUGAGUGAUAAUAGAUAG